CGCCCCCCGGUUUCGGUGCCUCCCUGCUGAACGCGGCGGCUCCAGCCGCCACCGGAGCGUCUGCAGCUGGGUCCCGGCAAGCGGUGAGGAGGGGAUGGGUCCUGCUGCAAAGAGCUUUCUGAUGGCACAGCUGUGAGUGAAACCAGCACAACAUGUUCAGUGUCCAGGACCUCCUGAUUUCACAUGGAUACAAAUUGUCAAAAAAUCCCCCGGUCUCAUAUGAGAACAGAUGUGAUGGAUACCGGCACGAAACUGCAGGGAAGAGGUCUGCUCAGAGAACAUUGAACGGGUUUGAGGCAGAAUCAAGAGCUGGGGCUUACAGCAAGAAACCUCUGGUGAAAACCAACUCGAGCAGCACUGAAAGCAGCCACGGGAGCCAAGGGAGGCAGGCGGGUCCUGGUUACCACCAUGACCUUCAGGGUUUGUCCACUUUUCAUACUUCAGAAGGGGGGGUUUAUGAGAGGCCUCAAUUAGCGUGGUCUUCCCAGCCCAAGACCGACAAAGAUCUUGCAUACUGGAGAAGACGAGGACAGGACUUCAGUGUGCUCCUGGGCUAUUCCCAGAAAGCCGGUGUGGAAAUGAAAGGCCUGACUGCAGCCCCAGGGACACCCCGGCACCCCAAGGAGAGUCAGCUGAAGGUGGGGACUGGCGCAGGGUACGUCAGGCGAAGCGGCUUGCAGGAGGGCUGUGAAGUGCCCGGUGACUGCAAAUGCCAAAGUCUGGGAAUGGAAAGCUGGAACCAGCCAAAAAAGGUAGAGAGGCAAAUGUCUGAGGGUGACAGGGAGAAGCUGCUUCAAGAACUCUAUUCACUGACCCUGGGAGACAACGUACUGAGUACCCACAACAAGGGGAAAUCGCAGUCAUUGCCAAGAGUCCUUUCACCCGAGAGCAUGAGAUGCGUGGAAAUGCCCUCCCUGACCAACAGUAACAACUCGCUCAGCGUAACUAAAACUGCCUCCUAUCCCUCAGACAGACUGAGUGUGGAACCAGCCAAACACCAUGAAAAAGGAGGCCAUUUCCUUCCCCUGGUGAAACCCAAGUAUGGGAGACCUCUCAAGCCUCCAUCCUAUGAGCUGCAGCAGCAGACCAGGGCACCCGCAGAAAACGUGGGUUUCCAGGACCACUUCCAGAAAGACAAACCCAUCUCCUACUUAGCCAAAGUUAAUGAGCCAAGGCAAGGUGCCUGCAUCCAGGACUGUGGUUUAGAGCCCCCAGUCUAUGUACCCCCUCCUUCUUACAAAUCUCCCCCUCACCAAAAUGUGGCCCCACAUCCCCUCAAUGAAGUGCCUAACAGCAACACCCACGCCAGCAGCGAUCAGCGGGGUCCUGCAGAGCGGGUCGUCCCCUGCCAACGACAAGCCAGGAAGACUUUUGAAGCUGGGGGUGACCCUUGCAAAGACAACCAUCUUCCUCACGGGAAACAAAGCCAUGCAAGGCGCCCUGCUGACUACCUGCGUUCUGUUCAGUAUAUUCCCUUUGAUGACCCUCGGAUACGACAUAUUAAGAUUGCCCUGCCGGAAGGUCUGCAGGACAACGCUAAAUACACUGAAAAUGCAAGUAGUCCCAGUACUGGUGCUUUGCAAGAGAGAGAUCUUGAUGUACAGUACAACAGUGCCUUUUUGAAUACAUCAAACUUGUCCAGUUCUGCAAAGGGAGAAAGAACUUCCAACAGCUCCACCCAUAGCAACAGAUGGUUGGCACCGUCCAUCCGAGAUCAGGAAAACUGUGCCUUGCCGGACCAAAGAGACAGUUGUAGCACAACUAAUCACAGCCCCAGUAAUGAAGCCAGCACAGAGUACACAAAGAGCAAACUUUCUGUAAGAAAUCCACAUAUGGACAGCACCUGUGAGACUGUUACAAAAGUGAAAAAGUUUGAACCUGGAACUGGGAUGCAGAGCAAAAAGAGUUCAAAGAAAAAAAUGAAUGAAACUAUAUUUUGCUUGGUCUCUAUCCCAGUUAAAUCAGAAUCCAAUCUGCCAGAUACAGAUAGGAACAACAACAUAACCCAGAGCUCUGAUAAGAAUGGAUUUGAUAACAAUGGGGCUUUGCAAGAACAAAGUCUCUUAAGUAUGUCUUCAACGGACUUGGAGUUGCAAGCACUUACAGGAAGCAUGACCAAUAAAAAUGAGUUACAAAAACAAGAGCUGUGGAGACCAGAAGAGUUCAAACAAAUGAAUGACCUCAGAUUUAUUCAGCCUACAAAACACAGAGAGCUCAAAUACUCUGGCUCCUGGCCAGGUGAUCAGUACAAAGACCAGCAGACACAGACCAGUUUCUCCGAAGAACCUACAAGCCCCCAGUUUUUCCAUGGUACAAAGCCUGGGCAGACCAAUGGUAACAGACUGCUGUCACCAAAGCUCCCAGGAUGUACAGCAUCCAUGACAGGGUCAAAACAGAUAGAGUCACCUUCUGAUGAGAGAAGCUGCAGACAGAGCCCUUAUGGCAUGAAGGGUCAGAUGUACCUCAGCCAGUCUAGCAACAGUGCUUUUUCCAGGACUACCACCUCAGUGCUUCAGGCCCCCUCCACAAAAGCCCACCAGAACCAGCCUGUGCCUGCCCAAGAGAGGGAACCCAGUCCUCUUUACAAGGGGGAUGUAGUUAAGGGAGAGGCAGGCGCUCCCUGCAACAGUAAAGAGUUGUUUGGGCAGUUCCUGUUGAAGCCUGUAAGUCGCCGUCCCUGGGAUGCAAUAAGUGAGCUUGAAAGUUUUAACAAGGAGCUGCAAGAGCAGGAGGAGAGCACGAGCAGUGAAGAUGAUUUGGAAAGUGCUUCUCCACAGGCAGGUGCCCUUACACAGAGAAGGGUGUCCAGAAAUGAGAAGUUGAACCAGGAGCCAAAACACGGUUGGAAAUCAGAAAUCAUUGUGCCAGAGGUGCCUAUGUUUAAGUCAGGAAGAGUGAAAAGUAAGUCUGAAAGUUGGAGUAUUGGGACAGAGCAUGGUGGCCAGGUGGGUAGCAUUGGUUCUCAAGGCUCCUGGCAGCCAGGAGGCAGUGAAGGAGUCGGGCCAGCAGAUGGAAGUCUGAUAACAGAAAUGAGGAUGGGAGAAGCCAAGAGUGGAACAAGUGAGCAGCCAGUUUGUGUGGGCCCUCUCAAGAGGGUUUUAUCCAGUAGCUCAAGCAGCUCGUGUCACAGUAAUCCUUUCAAUAAUCCUAUCUUGCGGGAGAUGAGCGAAGACCAAAGUUACCUAGACUUUGUUAAACUGAGCAAAGGUGCAACUCCCACAAAUGAUGCGGUAUUGGAGAGAGGCUCGGUAGUACGCCUGUCACUAACGCAGAGGAACCAAGGGCGCUCCGAGCCAGAUUUGAGGUCAGUGGGACUUGAUGUAGCCCCAGGACCUGGUGCUAACAAUUCUGAUCACUCUUCAAAUGGAAAUGCAGUGGAAAUCCCUGUGAAUGAGUCAUUGCAGGCAAGAGCUGCAAGAAUUUUAGGCAUAGAUAUAGCAGUGGAGUCUCUCCUUCCAGAUGACCACGUUGGGGACCACCCAGGCAGUAGCCCUGCAAACGGUGCCCAGGACUUUGAGUCAUUGGUGGGAACCGCAGUAAGUGACAAUGAAAGGAAAAAAGAGGAUUCUUACGAAGGCAGAAGAAAGUGUGGUUGGACAGAGAGUGCUCUCUUUGUCAGAGUGGGAGGCCGAUCUUUAUACCCAGAUGAGUGCCAGACCACUGACCAGGAAGCCGGUGCCAAAACACUGGCAACCCAGCAAGUUCUCAAACAACCUGCAAGUCUUGGCCAAGGUGAGGACCAAAACUUGGUUUGCAAGUCAGCUGUGCAUCAGCAUUCAGAAAAGAGGGUGAGAAGCACCUCGAAAGUGAUCGAGACGCUGCAAGGCAAGCUGACGUCUCCGCCGAGCCGGACUGCCGUGGAUCGCCUGGUGCGGAUGAAGGAGGUUGACUCUGUGUCCCGGAUGAGACGUCUGAGCAUUAAAAGUGCAGACUCGGGAGAGGAGGUGGAUGAAGAGAAGCUGUCGAGGGUACAAGAGGAGAGAGGGAGCAAACUGGCAAGCUCAGGGGCUGUUUCCAAGCGUGUCAUCUCUCUCAGUGAAAACGGAUAUUUAGGUGGAAUGGACAAGAAGAAGAUGAACAGAGAUUUGUCUCUAGAUAUGUAUGACCCCACCAAAGUUGAAAAGGUGUGAGAUGAACGAAGAGGGAACUAGAGAGAUUUCUGCUCUACUAAGAAUGUUUCACUGAUUUUUUUUUUUUUCUGGGUGCUUUUUGUUUGUUUUUUUGGUUUUUUGAUGCUUGGAAAUUGCCUCCAUUUGUGGUGUUCAUGGUGUACUGAUAAUGCCUUUACCACUGCCACUAGGAAUUAGCUAUUCGUAUCUGAAACUGUCAUGGAGACCCCAGAAAAACCUGACUUCUUCAUGGGAACCAUCUGGAUUUGUAGCAUUAAGACUGAAUACCUACUGUUGGCAAUGAGUUUUUAGCUGAACUCUUAUUUCAGUCUGCAGCGGGGAUGAUGAAAUGCAUGAAGUGAAGCUUUUGAGCUUUCUCUUUGGUGUAAAUGUAAACGUGGGAGAUUAGCAAAAUGCUUUUUCAAAGAAUGUGAAUUUAUAAGCUAAACUUCUAAGUAUCUACAGUCUAAACUUUGUUUAACUUAAGGGAUUUUUGGCCAUAAGUAGAAAGUGCUGUUGCACUACGUGAGGGAAGGAAUGUGAGAGGAUGGUAGGGAAGACUGAUUGUGAAAUGAUAUUUCUGACUUCCAGAGUUUGAAUUUACUUGGAUUAAGUACUUACUUGCCACCUAGAGAAAAGAAAAGCAAAAACCCCAAAGCUUCUGAAGGUUGGAAGCCUUUUGUAGUACAGUGUACAGAACGUGUAAUUAUAGUAGCUGGCAACUAGUGUUUCAAGCCAAUGCAAAGUAUAUCACUGGCUGUUUUGCACUCAGUAUUACCUAUUUUUGUUUUGCUGUUUAGAAACUCUUUAUAUGAAAGAAUAGUAGCUGGUUUAAAAUAGCCCAUUUUAACAAAGUAACUAUAUUUCUUGUUACAGAAUACUAUCUAUUUUUCUACGAUGUAAACAAUUGCUAACAAGUGGCAAGUAUAAAGAAGUAUUAUUAUUAUUAUAAUUAUUAUUAUUAUAUUUUAAGAAGACUUACCCCUCAGAGUGAAGGUGCCCCAAGCAGAUUUCACUUGCCUAUCUUAAUGCACACUCCACAUUGCCACAUACACAGUAGUGCUCCCUUAUUUUGUUUGGAAAGAGCCAUCUAUGUAUGUAUGUUUGUGUGUAUGUACGACAGGGUUAAUUUCUGGUUUUUCACACUGAACCCUUGGAUUGUUCUUCUUGGAGCCACUUUCUGGAACACAGCUGAGAACUGUCUGGGCUGCUGUUGCUGCCGUUACAUUCCAGUGACAGCAAUUACCAAAAAGUGGGUUUGGAUCUUUGCCUUGAUGUCUCUGAGUGGCUCAGAUGAAAUACUUGGUUUCUUUCUUUCACUUUUUUCCCUUUACACAGGUUGUGGGUUUGGAGUAGGCCAGUGUACACAAAUAAACAAAACUGAGUUUAAUUCUUCCCUGAAUCAACUGAUGUUGCUGGGGGAGGAGUUCAGGUGUCUUCUUGAUGGCAUUUAAAUACAUGGCUUUAAAUAUAUUUUAUCUGCACACACAAAUGCAUGAAUUACAGAGUUUAUAAUAAAGCUUAUACAUUCUGCUCUUCGAUUCUGAACGAGCCUGCAUAGUAUCUGUGUCUUUAAAGACUUUAUGUCCACUCCUGUGUGUUUUUAUUUGUAAGUACCUGUGUACUAACAUUCUUCUGAUGGCUUGCUCAUGUACUCCACUGGUCUAUUCUACUGGCCUUUUCUGGGUUUUACCACCAUUUUGUUUUUAAAAAAUCUUCUAAUUUCUUGACAUAUUUUUUCCUAAGUCUGUAAUUUGAAAAGAACUACAGGGAAAAACACUCGUUCUGUCUUUUGGCAGCAAGAAUUUCUUCAUGUGUCUGUGACACAUGAUUCUGUUGCAUAUGGACUAUUUAAAGCUUGUUUGAAAAGAAAAUGUGGUGUAUAAUUUAUUUUGUUAACUCCUGUGUAUGCUGUGUAGCAAUACUUGUUGACAAACUGUUCCCAUCACUCUUACUAUAUCCACCUUUCUUCAUCACCAUGUAGGAUGUCUGGAGGCUAGUAAAUAGCUACAAAACAUGUUUCACACACUGUCCCAAUUCUGCCCAUAAAAAAUAAUUUCUUGAACUGCUUCAAGUCUUAUCAUCACUCUACUAGUAAAGCUAAAAUGUCUGGCAGUAACUUGAAAGUUUCCAUUUAUCCUUGAUUUCUGGAGAACCGUAGUGUCCCACAUAAGCAGUCCUGCUACCUUCAGUUCACGUCUCUGUGGAACGAGGUUUCUGUGCAUUUUAUUUUCUCCUCGUGGGGAAGGGAUUAAUUGAUUCUGCAACAUGUCUGUUCAUGUAAAAUAAUUACUUUUGCAAUGCACACAAACAACCAAGAUCAUAAAAAAAACAAAAAUAGGAAGCAGCAAUAUUGUCAGGAAAGUUUUAUUGGCCAAGACUGAGAAAUUAAAACCUAGAAAGUUAAUAAGUUUUGUUUUACAGUAGUACAUGACUGACCAGUGGAUGACAGACUAAAGUUGGAACUGCUUUAAAAAUGCUGUAUGUGUCUAAGCACACAGAUUGUUUCAUUUGAUACUAUGGCACAGACAACUAGAAAUACAUGGAGUAGUUUUAUGAAUGAUUUUGCCUCAGUGUUUCUUUGGUACCUAUGCCAUCAUUAAAAUGUUAGCUGCUGGAAUGGGCUGGAUGGUACCAUAGCUGACCACCUUUCCAGAAGCCUUUUACCAGUUGCAAACAGCAGUCAACAGCUCUUUUUACACCAGAUUAAGUUAAAAACCAGUAAAUGAUGACUUUCAGUGCCUGUCCCAAUGGGUGUGUAAAAGUGCCCUGGCAACAGCUGUCACUAGUAAUGGCAAGGGCAGGAGCUUGGGGCUGAGAGGACACAGAGGAGGGCGAGGCAGGCUGUUUUCAGUACCUCCUGCAAUGCAGCCAUGUGGCUGCAGAGCAGCACUGAAGAACUGUGCUUUUCUCUUCAUUCUCAGGAGGAAGAGAAGAGCUAGAACUUUGGAAAUCCAGUUGUUGCAAGCUGUUGGGUAUUCUGCUUGUGCUUUUGCUGUACUGCUGAGGAAGCUGGGGUUCGAUGACUGGUUAUUGAAGGGCUUGGCUGAGGAGAUAUGGAUUUCUUGAGCAUUUCCAGAAAUUCAUACCAAAAAAUCCAUGCAUGGUUUAUGCAUUUAAAAAAAUGUUUAAUGGGGAUACUCCUCAGGAGAUGGACAGUUAAUAGGACCUGCCAUUUCCUUCCAUUUACUCUGUUGAAAUCUGGAGUGGACAGUCAGCCUAAGGGAUGAGUGACAGUAAUAGCAGUCAAUGUGCCAGCAACAGUCACAACUAACACAAAUUUCAGGCUCUUAUCUUCUGUCUGAUAAACAGAGUCACCUGUGAGCUUUGAGGGUUACUGAGUCAUCCAAGUCCAGCUCUACUCACCCACAUGGACAAAGGCGGCGAGUGCUGCUGACGGGGAUGCGGCAGGGUUCAGGUCUCCCAGGGGAAUGGAUGCCGUGUUGUGAAGGGGAAUGUGUUACCUCCUGCAGUUCCCUAAGCACCGGCUGGAAGUUUAUCUCCAUGAAGAAUUACUACUUUUAGAGCCCACUCCAGCCUCCUUGCUACAGGCAUUUUGAACUAGACAGAAGUGUGGUCUGAGAAGAGCUCUUAAGUACGUGUUUCAAAUCCCACUGCCAUCUCAACUGAAGGGGGUGGGAUGGGAAAGGCAAAGGAGGGAAAUGCCUUUGAACAACUCAAGGUCAUCAGUAAUGGAAAUGCCUGGUGUUAUGAGUGACAAAGCACCACUUGUCAGCUACUAACUCAAGAAACCUUCCCUAGGCAGAAGAAGGACUGUUGUGUUUCAACCCACACGUUUUACAGCAAUUUAGUUGUACUGCAAGCCACUGUAUCAGGUAUCGAAAGCACCUUGACAAGCUCCUGGUGUUGGGAGCAAAUAGCAUCAAGACUGAAACAUCCAAUAGCUCUUGGAAAACAUGAAAGUCAGUAUAUGCUUAAAGUGAUCAAGUAACAGAAUUAAUCUGUCACUCUGAAAAUAACCAGUCCCAUCAAGGAUAUUUCCAUGUAAAUAUUGGAAUUUAGUAAAACAUAUCAGUUUGUUUAACAUCAUAAAUCACUAUCUAGGGUUAACGCUCCAUUGCCUUUACCACAUGGACAGCCAGCUGAAUGUUAGUUUUAUAGUACUUGACCUUCUCUUUUGGUCAAAAUGCUGAUAUUCUCUUCAUUGCCCCUUUUUGAAGUUAAAGCUAGGGGGGUGAUUGAGCGAAAAGGAGAAGUGAAAUGUUCUUUCAUAUUAAAUGGCAGAAGUUCUUGCAAUCGCAAAGUGAGCACUUUUGUCCAUGUUCAAGAUCCAAGAGGCAAGUAUAUGUGAGAAGUGAAUUUGUACUUGGCAGGAGCCAUCAGCUCAAAGAAGAGUGACAAAACAGUGUUAAAAGGAAUGAAAAGGAUUGACAGCAUGUCAGCCUUUGAAUGUCUUCUGUAAAGUUGUCCUUUUGGAGGACAUCAGUAUUUUCUUGGUUGAGGAUCAAACAAUCCCCUACUUUCUCUCUGCUGGCAAUAAGCCAUGAUACUGCAGUCUUAAUUUACUGGAGCGAGAUUUAAUUACAAGUGGAAUCUACAAAGUUUAAACUUCUUUCUUCUGCCUAAUCCCAACAAAGGAUCGAGCUGAAGAUUUCAUGAGAUGAUGACUGUGUCACUGAAUUCAUCAGAAAAGUUGGGAAAUUGUGACUUAAUUCUCUUACUCCAACUGUGUGAAAAUGUUCACAAAAGCUGUUUACCAUCAACUCUAUUUUUAAAGGACAAAAUGUUUCAAACAAAGAAAAAGGGAAAUCCUGAUAUCAAUAGCAAAGCCCCAAACCACAAUGCUACCUCCCACCCAUGCUGAAAAAUAUGUUAGCAUAUGACUUGCAGAGCUGCACAGCAGGGAGAGGGUGAAGCGAACUUCAGUCAGAAUUGACUGACACAUGGCUGAGAUUAGAAAUAAAAAUGAAAUUUCCCAGCCAAGAGAAACCGCAAUAACAUACAGAUUAGAAAACGAAGGAGGAACUUUCCACCCUCAGCAGCAGCAGUCUCAGCCUUCUUUCGAGAUCUGGACUGGCAGAGAAAAUAAUCAGAACCAUUUCAAAAGCCAUUCCUAAGCUGGAAGGAAAGUGAUACAUGUGCUAGACAGUAUAUCAGUAUCCUUUGUCCUUAUACAGUGCAGACAGUUCUCCAUGCUGACUUUCAAGAUUUUGUGGCCUGUCUCCAAAACUAAUACCAUGCUAUUGCCAUGGUUUUCUGCUCUGCCUAGCCUAAGAGCAGAUUUAGAGGGAUAAAAAGAGAGGAAAUAGGGGUAAGCAAUUACAAUAGUAUUUAUAUGGUAUCAGAAGAUGAAUGUGCUUUAAGAAUUUUCAUUGUAUUUUUUUCCUGCACAAUGCAAAUACUGUGUUUCUGGGCUUCUGUGUGAACUGGAGGGUGCUGUUGUUAUUCACAAGGACACAUUCUCCAAAUAAAGAUUUUGCAUGGAUACA